CACCAUCCGGAUAAUUCAUCCUCUUGCGCCUAACCGGCACAUCUUUGGUGUGGGAUUUGCUGAAGCAAGAGAUGGCAUGGACCUGCCUUUUUGAGCUAUAAGCUACCCCGCCGCACCCCGCGGGCAUGCCUGUCGGACCUGACAUCGGAGGGCGCACGCGAUAGCAAGGCUGGAGACGCGUUUGACGCCAACAUGCUGCUCUUCAAAUACCGGAGCUCACCGCGCAUUCGAGCCCAAUCUCUCGAGAAUUGGUAAAGCUUGAAAAUGAGGUGGAACAAAGCAUCUUUGCUGGCUUUGCCUGCCCUUGCCUCGGCACACGGCGCUCACCACCUUCACCAGGAGGCAUUCUCGCAAGAGCGUCUUGAUGAAUUGGAGCAGAAAUGGGGAACUGACUGGGGUUUCAGCGGCAUCUCGACCUUCGCCCAUCUGCCUCAUACACGGUGCUUGACCCAUCCUGAGAAAGCCUAUGAUAUUGCCAUCCUCGGCGCUCCCUUCGAUACCGCGGUUUCCUACCGACCGGGAGCUCGAUUCGGUCCUCGAGCAAUCCGUUCUGGCUCAGCACGUCAAACGUCCUUCAGAGGGUACAAUGCACGCGCAGGCCUCAACCCGUUCACAUCAUGGGCGAACAUCGUGGAUUGCGGAGACAUUCCAAUAACGCCAUUUGACAACGCUCUCGCUUUACGGCAGAUGAGCGAGGCCUACUUGGAGCUUGCAGGACGUGGACCCACGGAGAAGAGCAGUGAAAGUGGAGUCAAGUACUUCAGCAAGCCUAAGGUUAUCACACUGGGAGGUGACCACAGCGUUGCGCUGCCUGCUCUCAGGGCUUUGAACAAGGCGUACGGCCAUCCCAUCACAGUUGUGCAUUUUGACGCGCAUUUGGACACAUGGCACCCCGCCAAGUACCCCUCGGCUUGGAUCGACCCUGAGGAUCCAACUACACAAUCCUUCUUGAACCACGGCAGCAUGUUCUGGCUUGCUUCAACCGAAGGCCUUAUCGCCAACGGCUCGAGCGUGCACGCUGGGCUCAGGACUAGGUUGUCUGGUGAUGAUGCAACCGACUACGAAGACGACACACAACAGGGGUGGAUGCGCAUUUCCACCGAUGACAUUGACGACAUUGGAACAAAGGGCAUCAUCGAAUCCAUUAUGGGCCGCGUUGGUACAGAGACACCGGUCUACCUCAGCAUUGACAUUGAUGUUAUCGACCCUGGUCUGGCACCCGCUACAGGUACACCAGAGCCUGGAGGUUGGUCUACCAGGGAGCUGAUCAGGAUCCUGAGAGGCAUUGAGGGCUUGAACGUGGUCGGCGCAGAUGUUGUCGAGGUCAGCCCGGCGUAUGACAGCUCCGCGGAGAUCACCAGUGUUGCUGCUGCGCAAGUUGUCUACGAAAUCUUGACGAGCAUUGUCCGCAAAGGUCUGACUGAGCAAGCCAAGAUUGGAAGCAACAAGAGCAGCGAAAAGGAUGAGCUAUGAGAUACUGCAGGUGGUUGAUGUUGUGGGAGGUCAAGGGUCGAAGCGAUUUUCACCGUAUGCAUGUGGCGCUAGGAAGCCAAGCACGCACUGUAUGAACUUGGACAUCCUCGGAGGGGUGCAUAUACACGUGAAAAGUGCUCCAUCAUUAAUAUAUGACUGAAUGAGAUCAUGCACAAAACG